UAACCUUGAUCACAAUAUGCGUUUCAUGCACCGGUUAUGAAAAAAACUAUAUUGCACUAAUUUUCAGUAUAUUUGUAUGAAGCUAUCCACAAUGAAGAUUCUUUUACAUUCGAAACAUCUUUUACAACAUGGAUCAUUUAUUUUCCGCAAGAAUUAUUUUUACCAAACAGCCUUGUAUUCAACUAAAAAAGUUGGGGAAGUGAUUAAAGAUGUAAACAGAAUCAGGAAUAUUGGUAUAUCUGCUCACAUUGAUUCAGGAAAGACAACUCUUACUGAGCGACUUCUAUUUUACACAGGACAGGUCGAUGAAAUGCAUGAGGUGAAAGGAAAGGAUCAAGUAGGUGCUAAGAUGGACUUCAUGGAAUUAGAGCGACAACGUGGGAUAACCAUACAGUCUGCCGCAACAUUUGUCAUGUGGAAAGAUGUCAAUAUUAACAUAAUUGACACACCUGGUCAUGUGGAUUUUACAGUAGAGGUAGAGCGUGCAUUGAGAGUUUUAGAUGGUGCAGUGCUAGUUUUAUGUGGGGUGGGUGGGGUACAGAGUCAAACACUUACUGUGAAUAGACAGAUGAAGCGAUAUAAUGUACCUUGUAUAGCAUUCAUUAACAAACUAGACAGAGGGGGAGCGAAUCCAAUACGUGUUCUACAUCAGAUUAGAUCUAAGUUAAAUCACAAUGCAGCAUUUCUACAUUUACCUAUCGGACUAGAAGAAAACCAUGAAGGCAUUGUUGACUUAGUUAAAAUGAAAGCAGUGUAUUUUAAAGACCCACAUGGUAUGAAUGUAGUGGAGGAUGAAAUUCCAGAAUACCUGCAAGAAAUUUCUGUGAGCAAAAGACAAGAACUGAUAGAAUGCAUUGCAAAUGCUGAUGAAACCCUGGGAGAGAUGUUUCUUGAGGAGAAGGAGCCAACAAACCAAGACAUUAUGGACGCAAUACGACGAGCGACUUUAAAGAGAGAGUUUACACCAGUUAUGUUAGGGACAGCAUUAAAGAACAAAGGGGUGCAGCCACUCUUGAAUGGAAUUCUAGACUAUUUACCUAAUCCAUCAGAGGUCACAAAUUAUUGUUUGGACAAUAGUUCUGGAGAAGAAGUGAAAACUGUCAUGGAUUCUGAUAGAACUUUAGAGCAUCCAUUUAUUGGACUUGCAUUUAAAUUGGAGGCUGGAAGAUUUGGUCAGCUUACUUAUAUGCGUGUGUACCAAGGUGGAAUGCAAAGAGGUGAUGUAAUUUUCAAUACAAGGACUGGCAAGAAAACUAAAGUCUCAAGACUUGUCAGAAUGCAUGCUGAUGAGAUGCAGGAUAUACCAGAGGUUUAUGCUGGCGAUAUAUGUGCUCUAUUUGGAAUGGAUUGUGCCAGUGGUGAUACUUUUGUUACUAAGGGAAAUAUGAACUUAUCUAUGGAAUCUAUGUAUGUAGCAGAACCUGUGAUAUCUAUGUCAAUUAAACCGGCCAAGAAUGAACAUAUAGAGAACUUUUCAAAAGGAAUAGCAAGAUUUACUAAAGAAGAUCCGACAUUUAAAGUUCACUGGGAUGAUGAUAUAAAAGAAACUAUUGCAUCAGGAAUGGGAGAAUUGCAUCUGGAUAUUUAUGGCCAGAGGCUUGAAAGGGAGUUCAACUGUAAAGUGAUAAUGGGAAAACCUAAAGUGUCAUUUAGAGAAUGUAUAGUUUCACCUGUAGAUGUUGAAUAUCAACAUAAGAAACAGUCUGGUGGUCGUGGUGAAUAUGCUAAAGUUAUUGGAACUGUGGAGCCUUUACCUGUAGAGAAUAAUACCAAGAUUGAAUUUAAAGAUAAAACAGUGGGAACUAAUGUACCAAAGAAUUACAUACCUUCAAUUGAAACUGGAUACAGAGAUUAUUGUGGGAAGGGUCCCCUAGCUGGACAGAAAGUAUCAGGAACAUUGUUUGUAUUAAAAGAUGGUGAUCACCAUACAGUAGAUUCUAGUGACUGGGCUUUCCAGCAGGCAGCACAUGGAGCAAUGAAGCAAGCAUUUGAUAAUGGACACUGGCAGAUCUUGGAACCAAUAAUGAAUGUGGAGGCCAAUGCUCCGGAAGAAUUUCAAAGUGCAGUGAUGCAAGGGCUGUCUAACCGGAAUGGUAUUGUGCUGGGAACAGAUAGUAGUGACGGAUAUUUCACUGUGUAUUGUGAGGUACCACUUAAUAACAUGUUUGGAUAUUCCUCGGAGUUGCGGUCACAGACACAAGGUAAAGGUGAAUAUACAAUGGAGUACAGUCAGUACUGUCCGGCACUUCCAGCCACACAACAAGAACUAAUCGCACAAUAUGAGUUGGAGCAACAGGAAAACACACAUCAGAAAAAGAAGAAAAAGAAAAAUUGAUGAUAAUUUAAUUUGUAGAAAAAAAAUUCACGACUAAGUCCAAACCAAAUGGGAGAGUGAUAACAGAGUGAUGAGUUUACAUUUAGUAUUGGGUUUUUUAUGUACAAACUUGACGAAACCUUCAAUACUUUCUCCUUAUUGGUGUCAUCGUUAACUUGCUUAGAAUUUUGGAUGGACCACUUUUAAUUUAUAUGAUUACUGAAUUCAUAUUGCAUAAAUGUGUGGAGAAGUGUCAAGUGGUCCCACAAUAUGACAAUAGAUUACAUAAAAACUUUUCUUCAUACCCUAUGUGAUAUUUUCGUCAGUUUUCUCAAAUUCUGAUGAUUUUUUUAAAAUUUUUGUUUGUCAAGCAAAUCUUUUCACUCUGUUGAAAUCAUCUUUGUUAAGCUUGCUAAUGUGUUUUUAUUUCAAUCAUAGAUAUUUAUUAUGACAUAGUUAAAAUGAUUAUGUUACAAUGUUUAUCAAGGCAAAAUUGUGUUCUUGUUUUUUUCUUGUUAAUUUUCAUUCAUUCAAGAUAUUUGAUAAUUUUUUUUGGAAAAAUCAUAUUGAUUUGAACCUUUUUACUGAUCAUGAUUUAAAGAUUACAAUGUUUAUCAUAAACUGAUAUCAGACUCUGUGUUAGCCAGAAUGUCUGGGAAAAUCAAACUGAAAAAAAUGGCCGCUGUGGUAGUUUCUUGAUAAAAUUUAAGGGCUUUUAUGUAUGAGAGAGCUAUUAAAGUGGCAUAUAGAAGUUUGAAGGUCAUAUCUGGGAGCCUCAAUCAUGCAGGAAUCAUGUAUAUGAUUAUAGGUAUAGGGGGAGCAGGGAAACACGAAAUUUACUCUACAGGUCAUUAAAUUAGCUGUAAUUUUAUCAUGCAAUUCAGAAAAACAAAUUACAGAGUUACAUUGCUGAGGCUUGUAGUACUAUUUGAUAUUUUGUAAUAUGAGUAUUUUCCUUGUCAAAAUGUACAGUUGUAAAAAAAGUAAAUUAUUUUUAAAACUUACUGAUAUUUGUUAUACAUUUUUCCUUGAAUGAGAAUGACAAAAAAGUGGAAUGAUACAGUUCUUUGUUGUCCUUCAAAGUUAUGUAAAAAGAAACCAUCUUAUUAGCAAAAAAGUACCGAUAAUAUCCCUAUAAGUGCUGGACCAGAAAGCAUUAAGUCUUUGCCACCAGUAUAGAGCCAGACCAGCCUGUACAUCCGUGCAGUCUGACCAGGCUCUAUACUGUUGGCUGACAAAUUUUAAAUAUUCAAAUUGAUAUACCUAAAAUUGAUAAUGGACAGUCCCAAAAAUGGAAGUGGGACAAGUCCAUUUAAGAUAUUCAGCAUGUUCAGGGAUAUAGUUUCUGUAUUGUGAAACAAUAAAGAAAAAAUAUAAA